AUGGCCAUCCCGUAUGUACCCGGAACAAGUGAGACCAUCGCCCGCAUCAUGCGCAUGUACGACGUCGAAAUAGCGCAUGUUCCAGCUCGGAAGCUAAGGAACGCCCUAGUCAACGCAAAAGACAAGUUGCCGAGCGAAAAUUUCCCGGGUGUUGUUUACGAGGUUGCCAUGAUUCUGACAAGCAAUACAUUGUGGCACUUGGGUUACUUACAAGACGAGUACACCCCGACGUACCGAGGCUUCGACAGCUUCUACGGCUACUACAACGGCGAGGAGGACUACUACAACCACACCAUCAGAGAGGGUGAGCACUUUGGUUUGGACUUCUGGGAAGGUGUCGGCAGUUCAACCAACGACAGCGGCCGCUAUUCCACGACGCUGUUCACGGACAAGGCGGUGAAUCUGAUCAAGGCUCACAACGCAUCCGAGCCUUUCUUCAUGUACCUGAGCCACCAGGCGCCACACGGAGGUGUCGAAGUUCCGCUGGCGGCGCCCAAGGAGAACAUCGACAAGUUCUCGUACAUCGGAGAGGAGAACCGCACCGUGUACGCCGCCAUGGUGGACGUGCUGGACGAGUCGGUGGGCGCGGUGGUCGAGGCCCUCCAGGAGGCAGGUAUGCUGGAAAACACGGUACUCGUGUUCAGCAGCGACAACGGCGGUGCUCCGUUGGGACUCCACGCCAGCCGCGGCUGCAACUGGCCCCUGCGCGGCUCCAAGGGCACCCUGUGGGAGGGCGCCUCCAGGGCUGCCGCCUUCCUCUGGUCGCCGCUGCUCGACUCCCGGGGCAGGGUGUCCCAGCAGCUCAUGCACGUCGCCGACUGGCUGCCCACUCUCUACACAGCCGCCGGCGGUGAUGCAGCCAGUCUGGAGCACCUGGACGGCAUCGACAUGUGGCGGCACCUGUCGGAGGAUCUUCCGUCCCCGCGCACCGAUAUCCUGUACAACAUCGACCCUGUGAGCAACACGGCAGCGCUGCGACACGGUGACUACAAGAUUGUGCUGGGGGCGUCUUCCGCGGGCAGAUCCAAUGAACGCACUCCGAUUCCCGGUAGUCCAAGGUCCGACGAAGACCUAGACGAACUGACGUCACGCUCCAAGGCAGCCAAUGCCCUGCGACUUCUCUACAACAACGACAGCCUCAUCGGGGCGUCUGCCCAGUGGCGCCGGCAGGCUUCAAUGCAGUGCUACGAAUCAAGUGAACCUUCCAACUUCGAGGGCAGCACACCGCCCUACCUAUUCGACGUGGCCAAAGACCCUUGCGAACUGCACAACCUUGCGGACACCGAGACAGAGCUGCUGGCAUCGCUGAAGCGAAAGCUGGAAGAGUACGAAGUAACUUCCAUGUCACCAAGGCUGAGACCGGUCGAUCCGAAAGCCUUUCCCGAACUGCACGGUGGCUUGUGGGCUCCCUGGGAGUAACGAUCCCGGUUUUCCUGUCUUUCCUGCUCCCAGGAGUACAGUUGUUUUGGCAGUGUUUGCGCUUAGUGUAAACCCUUGCAUAUAGGAUUCACCGCGGGCUAUCCAAAACAAUUUCUCCAGUUAAUUAAUUGUCGUCACGUCAACAUCACCAUCGGUUCAUCAUUUAACAAUGUAUCAGCAAUAAUGUACAACUUCCAACGUUUACGGUUUCGACUGACAGUUGGACUUAACUAUACUACAGUCAAUUA